UCUCUUGAAACUUGAAAGCAAUCCACGCCGUUGCCACACCCGUCACUCCAACGCUCUCUCAGCAGACGCGUGUCGUUUGGGCUGAAACGGCGUCGUUUCGAGGAAGUGAUUUUUUUGCAGUGCGCGAUUAGAUCACCACCUGGGAACUGGGAAGGGAAGGGAAACGGAACCGUAAAAAAGGAGCUGCCAAUUUCACGUUCUCAUUCUCCACAUUAAAAUCCUCAUUCCCUAAUCAAGUUUCUCGUGACCCUCCCUGCCCCUCAUCAUCAUCAUCGUCGUCGUGCCCUAAUCGAUUCUCACCUUGCGGGUGGUGAUGAUGGGGCUCAAACUGCUUCUCUAAAACGUUGCCACCGACCAUUCAUAAACAAAACAAAUUCCUUUUUUGCUUGGUGGGUUUUCGUGUGCCCUAUAAAUUUGGUUUCUUUUUAGCAUUUUCCCAUGACGUAUUACGAGAAUGACGGUGGUCGGCGAGAGGAGGUGGUGCCGGAUGUCUCCCUUUCAAUCCAGCCCGAAGAUAACAAUGGGGAUUAUGUCAAAUUGAGGGCCAGCCCCGGCGACGGUUCUCCGCCGGGUGAGGCGGUGGAGUCUCCUGCACCGACGAGAGGAGCCGUCGUGUGGUAUUGGGUGAAAUUGGUGGUGUUGUUUUUAUGCUUGGGGUUCUUAGCUGUGAUUGUGCUCGUCUGGGUCGGACCCUAUUUUAUGGACAAGGAGGUUAUUCCGAUAUUAAAUUGGGAGACAAGGACUUUCAGCACUCCUGUGCUAUCUGUUUUGGUGUUUGCUUCUGUUGCAUUAUUCCCAACCCUACUGUUGCCAUCUACACCUUCCAUGUGGGUGGCUGGAAUGACAUUUGGUUAUGGCUUUGGGUUCUUGCUAAUUAUAUCCGCAGCAUCUAUUGGUGUAUCGCUCCCUUUCAUCAUCGGCAAAACCUUCCACCAUAAAAUUGAGGGUUGGUUGGAGAAGUAUCCAAAGAAAGCUUCUAUUCUAAGAUCUGCUGGUGCAGGGAACUGGUUUCAUCAGUUCCGGGCAGUUGCCUUAAUCAGGAUUUCCCCAUUUCCAUACUUAAUCUACAACUACUGUGCUGUGGCAACAAAUGUUAAGUAUGGGCCUUAUAUAGUGGGAUCCUUGGUAGGAAUGGUGCCAGAAAUAUUUGUUGCAAUCUAUACGGGAAUUUUGAUUCGGACAUUGGCUGAUGCUUCACAUGAAAAACAUUCUCUAUCGGCCCCACAAAUUAUUCUCAAUGCGGCAGGCUUCUGCUUAACUGUGGCAACGACCAUCUUGGUCACAGCCUAUGCUAGGAGACGGCUUGAUGAGUUACAAAGGGAAGAGGAGCCAUUGUUGCAGUAGUCCAGAAGUUUUAGUCUGGCUUUGUUGUUUCCUUAUAUGAAGCAGUCCCUACUAUGGGAGAGGUUUUAUGAGGUAACAUUAUCCAUUCGGGGAGUUGACCGUCAAAUGUAUUAUAACUAGUGUGAAGGGUUGACCAAGGAUAUUGGAGGAACAAGCUAACAUGACCGACACCCAUUUUAGUUCAACAUUCUAUUCCUUGUUCCUUUUAUGGCUUACAGAAAUUGUUUUUUUUUUUGUUAGUGCUUCUAUCUCAUUUAUCAGUGUAUAUGAAUGAUUUGAAUUCGGCAAGAUUCGAUUGUAUAAAUGAAAUAUAUCAAUGUUUGUUGACUUGUCA